CUCUUCUUCCCUGUGAAAUUUCACGAUGAUGACGCCGGUGAGGAAAACCAUAGCCAUUAGGCCUGUGGAGUUCUACGGAAACUCCCUUCCCCGUCCUCGUUUCUUCGAUAAUCCUCAGUUCAACUCUCACCGUGUAGAUCCUCCUCUUUCCGUGCUUGAUCCGCUUCUCUCGUGGGCUAGAGACGCUCACUGGUCCAUGGGUGGUCUCAACUUCACGCGCCUCCGUCUCCAAGGACGGAUCGAAGGUAACGUCGAGAAGCUACGAGCGCAGCUCGAGGAUUCCAGCCCUGUCUCAGAUAAGCAUAAGAAGAAGAGAUCUGGUUGUGAUUCUGAUUCUCCACCGGCGGCUCCGGUUGUUGUGAAACGAAGGAGGUUCAUAGAUCUGAACGAUGAAGCUGAUGAGGAGGAGAUUGAAGGCGUGGCGAGAAUCAUCAGAAACCUCUCUGAUGAUUUUGAUAGAGUCGCUGGAGAGAGUAAGAUUAAUAAGAAAUUGAUUGGAUCAGAAUCCGUGGGGAAGAGAUUGAACAAGAAGGAGAAGACACAAAAGGUUGAGGAAACAAGUUCAACUAGGAUGUCUCCAAGAUUGGCAAAGCGUAGAUUGAAUUAGGUUUUUUAUUUAAGCGUCCUCAAGUAUUAAUCUCUCUAGGAUUUAGAUUUAAUUCAUGGAUAAUGUAACUUCUUAUUUGUUUCUUGAAUUCUUAUAAAUAU